AUGGGGCUUUGCCACUUCUGCGCCGUUUACGGACACUCCAUCAGCUCGCUGGAAGACAGGCUGAUACCCCAAUCCUCCUCGGAUAUAGAUUCCAAAGCAGGCACGCAACCGCCACUCACGCAUGGCUUCCUGCUCGGCAUCCUCAGCGAAGAUUGGCCGUCGGUGCCCUUGAACGGUGUCGGCAUCGGUUCGACAGAUGGCGACACGGGUUUCAGCACAUUUCUCGCCCAGGAGCCCCAAUUAGAGGGCUUCAGGAGGCUUCGACAGGACGUCUGGCUCAUAUCACUUCCCCGGGACGUUCGUCAUGUGCUCGUAUCCAUACACGAGGAUAGCAUAUGGGUGUCACGGGAGCAGGACGUGUCGGUAACCAACGGGAUGAAGGCGUGGGUGGAGGAUAGCACGGGAAUCAAGUGGAACCGGUGGCCCCUGAAGAGACGGAAACGAAUGUUGCAGGAUGGGGAGACACGGGUGCUGUGGAAGUGCACGUGCGACUCAGAGCAGUGGGAGGAGGUGGCGCUGGAACAAGGCGAAAUCGUGGAGAAGAUGAUGUCUCUAGAUAUCUUUCUGGCGUGCGGGGAGCGUCGCGGGACCUCGACACCGACGCAGGUGGCGGUCAGGCGGCACGCGACCGACUCCGAGGUGUCUGAGGAGCUCCGCAAGUGGUACAGGCUACGGCGGGGUUGGGUGAGGCUGUGGUUCUCCAUCUGGCGACUGGAGUACUGCGACGCUGUCAAGCAUCACCAGCAGUACCGGUACGCAUCGCUGGCUGCUUUCGGUGUUAGUCCGAGCGGCUGUCGCUGGACCGCAUGGUGCGCGACCUCCGAGACCACCCGAGGCACCGGGGCUGCAAGUACAGACCGCGACCGCCGUCGAAAAAGGCGCGGAACCCUCCGAUGCGGCCACACCUAUUCCACUUCCUGUUCUACACGUGCGCGGAGGCGUGGCCGUGGUCCCUGGUGCGACAGCUGGGCGCGGGGUCGCCGGGUAUGGGCAGGGGACGGAGCGGUCAAGCGGAUCCCCAAGCGGCAGGCCAGGUUCGGCAGGGACAUGACGUGGGCCGAUAUGGGGAAUCGAGACGGUGUGUUCGGUCUCGCCGAGCUACGUGGCGGCAUACCACCUGGCGAUGCUGGCGGUGCCGUCCGGCACCUGGGGAUGGUGGCUGACGGUGCAUCCGGGGGACCUGCAGAGUGCGUCGGUGCCGUUGACGGCAGUCCUCGGAUCGCCCUCUCUGUUCUGGAGCGGCGCCGGGCAUGUUGGCGAGUCAGAAUCAGUCGUGGGUACGUGGAUCGUGUGUGUAUUGACGGGUGUAUCGUGGUCGUAUCCGGUUUGGGGUGA